AUGCCAACGGACGGGCUGGUUGGGUUCUUGUCGAACAAUGGCAACAACACCCACUGGAAUGACGAGUACCUUGGGGUGGGUGCCACGGUGUCGGGGGAAGCAACGAAGGUUGCCAAUGGCUUUGCGCUGGCAGGGCGUGGUGCAUCGAUUGUGUGGCCGGUGGGCGGAGGAUGGCGGAAUCCCGGGCAGGGUUCUGUGGGCGAGGAGGUGACGCUUGUGGCGACGGUGACCAUCAACAAGGCGCCACAGGGUGCCACCCCACUGCUGGGCGUGGGAAACGCGGGGGCUGGAAUGUAUCUGGGGCUGUGGUACGACGAGCAGAAGCACUGGAGGACGGAGUUCGGGGCAGGAGCGGGAAAUGAUGCUGAAACACUGACGUGGGAGGAGGGGAGGACGUACCGAGUGGUGCUCACGGUGCAGAACGGCACGGGCUCGGCGUACGUCGACGGGCAGCUUGUGGGGAGUUUGGAGGAUAAACCUCCAUCUAUUGAUGUGCUUCUUUCGUCUCCGACUACUCGUGAGCAACUUCAGCGUGAGAAGCCGCCGGAGAGGGUCUCGCACAUCCUCGUUGGGGAAUACAGGUACCGCGAAGAAAAAGCAGAGUUCCACGUGACGGUGACGAACGUCUUGCUGUACAGCCGCUGCUUCCACGCCAGCGAGGUUGUGGCGCUGGAGAGGAAGGAAGAGGGGGAGGUCAGCGUGACGGAAUCGGAGGUGCCUCCCCGCACCGCCGCAUCCGCCGCCAGUGACCCGACGAACUCUGCGCACGGCGUGGCUGCAGCAGCUGGCGGCGUGUCGGAGGAGCCGUCAGGGGCCGCCGGCACUGGCCCCGCGACGACCGACGCGGCUGGGAGUUCGGCGGGGGAUGCGUCGGUGCCGCGCGGUGGUCCGGCGCCGGGCCUCAACAACGCCUCCGUCGCACUCGCAAAGGAGGCUGCGGGCACAGUGCAGAGGGAGGCUGGCGGCGGCGACGGCACUGCGUGUGGGCGUGUGUCUGUGAUGCUCUCGCUGCUUCUGCUUGCGCUGUGGGGCCUCUCCGCGCUGUGCUGA